AAUGUACAAGUUUUGCAUCGGGAUCGACCUCCUUUAAGACCUCUUGUUACUUAUUUCGCAAUCAUUGUUGACAUGGAGGAAAUGACAAUAUUAUGAUUGUGUAUAUUAUGAGAAGACAUUGGGAAUACCUUUUUAAAUCAUUAUAAUGGGAAACCUAAAUUACGCAUUUUGUCGCCGAAAGCAAGUACGGGUGUUUUUGUUUGGUUUGGACGCCGCGGGGAAAACAACCAUUCUUUAUCACUGUGUUCUUGGGAAAGUUGUUACUACAAUACCAUCGAUUGGGUUUAACGUUGAAACUUGUAAGGUCAACGAUUCAGAAGUGACGGUUUGGGACGUAAGUUUUCGAGACAAAAUGAGACCCCUAUUGAGACACUACUACCCAAACACCAAGGGAAUUGUAUAUGCCGUUGACAGUACCGAUAGGGACAGAAUGACAGAGGCUAAAGAGUUUCUUCAUGACAUUUUGAGUGAAGACGAACUGAAUGGUGUACCAGUCGCCAUAGCUCUCAAUAAAAGAGAUCUGAAAAACUGUAUGACGAAAGAGGAAAUGGAGGAGAGGUUGGAUGUGAGUGAAAUCCAGAAAAAUAGACCCUGUCGAGUAUUUCUGACCACGGUUUACCCGACAGAGGAGAUUCAGACGGAACUUAUGAACCUGUUCGAAUGGAUUAGUGAAGAGCCGACAGACGAAAGUCAAGAAUCUUCGAAGAAACAAAAAGAGGAUCCGUUCUCUUCCUACUUUUGGACACCUUUGAUGAAAAUGAAAAGCAUGAUGUUUGAAUGACAAGUUUUAAACAGUUAUCAUUUUUACUUAUUGUGUAUGUAUAGUAUCAAACUCGGAACUAACUGCGAUAUGUUGAUUUAAUGUUAAUAUUUUAUUUUUAGCUCACCUGAACCGAAGGUUCAAGUGAGGUUUUCUGAUCACCUGUUGUCAAUCGUCCGUCCGUCCGCCUGUAAACUUUUCACAUUUUUGACUUCUUCUCUAAAACCACUGAGCCAAAAUUAACUGAAAUUAGUACAAUGCAUCCUUAUGGGAAGAGGGUUGUAAAUUGUUAAAAUAAAGGGCAUAACCCUUUUCAAAGGGGAGAUAAUUGCGAAACUGUGAAAAUUGGGUGGGUGUCUUGAAAAAUCUUCUUCUCAAGAACCACUGCACCAGAUAUGCCAAUAUUUACGCGAACGCUUGUAUAUAUAGUGAAGAUUCUAAAUUGUGAAAAUCGUGAUCCCCGGGUCAAUACUGGGGUCCCAAGAGGGGUUCAAAAUUUAUUAACUGAAAAACGAAAUUAACAUAGAAAUAUAAAGGGAAAAGGGUUUUUAUAAUAUAUUCUCAAGGACUACAAUGCUACAAUUAGUGAAAUUACUGUACAGGUAUCCUAAGAUAGGGUAGAUUCUUAAUUGUGAAAACCGUGACCCCCGGAUUAAUACUACGUACGGCCCUAGAAGAUGUUGGAAAAUGUUUUUAAACUCUUCUUUUUAAAAAUUACAAUGCUGCAGUUUGUGAAAUUACUAUGCAAAUAUGUUAAGAUAGUUUAGAUUCUAAAUUGUUGAAAUCAUUUUUUAUUAAAAGAAGUAUUAAAAAAAAGAGGAAAUUUCUAUGAUAAGUUUAUCAUUAUUAAAUUACUUGUAAAUAUUUUUAAUUGCUAGUUUUUUUGUUUUUUGGAAUUUCGAUCCCGACAUCAAUUACUCACAUAUCGGGAUCCAAGUGAUCGGGAUCAUAGAUCAUCAAUUCAAACAACUUCAAAAAGGUGUGGAUCUUAGUUCUUACGAAGUUUUGAUUCACAAACACACAGUCAGAAAAGAUAAAUUAACAAAAGAUAAAAAAGGUUACGAAAAGAAAAGUAGGAAUUAUAAAUAGACUUUAAUUAUCAACUAUAUAUAGACUUUCCGUGUUUUUUAAGUUUAGUUUAUAUAAGUCAGAUGAGAAUGCAAAUUAAAAUCUAACAUCUCUAAUGUCCUCAUUACACCUGCAAUAUUUUUAUUUGAUGAAUCGAUAAAGAAUCCUUUAAUGAUUGAAAGACAAAACAGAUGCAAAUAUCAUCUUUUAAUUAUUUAAUAAAUAUAUAUUUUUCAUUUUUUUCAGUGAUUUGGCAAUUAUUUUUUUUACUGCAAAUGGAUAUUUUAGGGCUUAAAAUUCAGUCUCAUUUGAUGUGUAAAAUGAUUAAGAAUACAAACAUGCCAAAGAUAUAAUUUUUUCUCCUUUUUAUGUAUUGUUUAUUAUAUGGCAAAAUCUAAAAAUGUUUGAGAGUUUUACAAUAUUUCCUCAGAGUUCACUUCAUAAUAAACCUUUCGAAAUAAAAUGAUAUAAGAACUAUUGUUCAGGUGAGCGAUAUGUGGCCCAUGGGCCUCUUGUUUAUAUAUUGGUAUAAAUUUUAUGUUCUCAA